UAAUGUCGGUGGGAAUUGAAAAACCGGUGUAGAUAAGUACACACUUGAGGAUUUAUAGUAUUUGCCUAUCUGUAUAUCUACCCGUAUAUCUCCCUGUAUAUCUUUAUUUUCUUUCGGAAUCUCAUCCCCCUCUGAAACCAGCUUCCAUUUGCCGACCCAAAAAAAAAAAAACCGAUCUUGAUUCAUCUCAAAACGACUUUCCAGUUUCCACUACACAUAUUCACACUUGGGGUACGAGCUGUGUUGACUGGGUAUAAGGACUUGCGGAGAAGCCUAUCUGGGAUUGAAACUGGGUUGGACUCAAAUUUUCCAUCGUUGAAUGGUUUGGGAAGCAUAGAGAAACAAUUGAAGCAGAUUGUUUUGGUGUAGAUUGGUUUGUGGAUGUGUUUUUGGAAGCAUUUCGAACAAUUCUGUUUUGUUCCCUCUGAUUAUAAGUAGUUUCACUAGGUAAUUUGGGUUUUGGUUUGGGAGUUAUUAGUGUUAUCAGGAGUUAGAAAUAUCUGUCGUUGAUUGGUUUCGACUGAGGAUCAUAACUUGAUUAGUAUGUGAAGCUGGAUUGAUUGUUUCCGAGCUGCACUGAUUCUAGCUUGGACCCUUUGAGAUUCGUUGGCUGUUUUCUUCAAAAUUCUGCUAUUGGGAUGGGUUGUGAGUAUUCUAAACUCACAACAUGUUGUGGGGAUUCGGACCUAGAUGGUGUGAUUCAUGAAGCACAGAAAGUUGAAAAGGAGGAGAAGAGUGAAGUUGGUGAUGUGCCCGCAUUUCGCGAAUACACCGUCGAACAACUGAGGAAGGCUACUUCUGGAUUUGCAGCGGAGAACAUAGUUUCUGAACAUGGGGAAAAGGCUCCCAAUGUUGUUUAUAAAGGCAAGCUGGAUAAUCAAAGGCAAAUUGCUGUCAAACGUUUUAAUAGAUCUGCUUGGCCCGAUUCUCGGCAGUUCUUGGAAGAAGCAAGAUCUGUUGGUCAACUUCGGAACCCAAGGUUAGCAAAUCUACUUGGUUGUUGCCAUGAAGGUGAAGAGAGAUUACUUGUGGCAGAAUUUAUGCCCAAUGAGACUCUUGCGAAACACCUAUUUCAUUGGGAGACUCAGCCAAUGAAGUGGGCGAUGCGUUUAAGGGUUGCUUUAUAUCUUGCACAAGCUCUAGAAUACUGUACGAGCAAAGGGCGAGCCCUUUAUCAUGACCUCAAUGCUUACAGAGUAGUAUUUGAUGAUGAUGGUAAUCCUAGACUGUCAUGCUUUGGUUUAAUGAAGAACAGUAGAGAUGGAAAAAGUUAUAGCACUAACCUUGCGUUUACACCUCCAGAGUAUCUCAGGACUGGAAGAGUGACGCCUGAAAGUGUUAUCUAUAGCUUCGGCACGCUUUUGCUUGACCUCCUGAGCGGAAAGCACAUUCCUCCAAGCCAUGCUCUUGACCUUAUUCGGGACAAGAAUAUUCAGAUGCUAACAGAUUCUUGCUUGGAAGGCCAAUUUUCUAUUGACGAAGGGACUGAGUUGGUACGUUUAGCUUCAAGAUGCUUACAGUAUGAACCAAGAGAGAGGCCAAAUCCAAAGUCUGUAGUUGCUGCUUUGGUUCCUCUUCAGACGGAAACUGAGGUUCCUUCGCACCAGAUAAUGGGAUUACCACAUGGUGCCACUGCUUUUCCCUUAUCCCCACUUGGUGAAGCAUGCUUAAGAAUGGAUUUGACUGCCAUACAUGAGAUCUUAGAAAGUCUUGGGUACAAAGAUGACGAAGGGGCAGCAACUGAGCUUUCAUUCCAGAUGUGGACAAACCAGGUGCAGGAGACAUUAAACUCAAAGAAAAAGGGUGAUGCUGCUUUCCGGCAUAAAGACUACAGAGCUGCAAUCGAAUGCUAUACGCAGUUCAUUGAAGUUGGAACCAUGGUCUCCCCAACAGUUUUCGCUCGCCGUAGCCUCUCACACCUCUCGAGUGAGAUGCCAGAGGAAGCUCUGAAUGAUGCUGUACAAGCACAAGUAAUAUCUCCUGUCUGGCAUAUUGCGUCAUAUCUACAAGCCGCUAGUCUUUUUGCGUUGGGAAGGGAAAACGAGGCACAAAUCGCACUCAAAGAGGGAUCGGUACUCGAAGAAAAGAGGAACAGGACUUCGUGACAAUGGAAACAAGGUGGAUUCAACCUACCUUCUUUCCACUGAAUGGCUCACAUCGAAGAGAAACUUUUUGGUGAAACACAGAUUUUAAUGGACAAAGAUAGUUUCCGUCCUCCUGCUUGACUGGUUGUGUUACCAUUUGGAAUCAUUCUUUUGCUACAUUAUUUGAUAGGUUGGUUUGGUCGGCGUCAGUCGGGAUGCAUCUCUUGGUAUUUUGACAACUCUGCCCCUGUUGAAAGUUCUUAGCUGAUCUUUCCAUUAGAGCACGAAACUCUUGGAAUAAUUUGGAUAUUGGUUCAGAUUAUGUUCAUAGAGGAAUCUAUUUUCAAGAUUUUUACAUGCGUAGGGGGGGUGCGGUAGCGAUUGUCGCCAUGCUGUAAUUUAUGUACAGUAACUGUAUGGCUUUCUGUUGAUGGGAAAUUGAUGCUUUUUGUUGAUA